AAAAAAAGCAAAUUGUAGCCUCAAGUUUCUAGUUUUCAGAUAUGGACCUUUAAUUUUUGUAUCAUGCACGGUUCCGGAGUAAUCCUAAGAAAACCAACGCAAAAAAAAUUUCCAAAUUUUUGCUCGUCUUUAAAAAUGUCUAUGGGCUUCAAUAAAAUUUUUUUGAUUAUUUGACCUUAUGACUCUUUUAGAAAAUUCUAUGCCCUUUAAUUUUCCGCCCUCUAAAAGUCUCUACGACGAUUUGGCGCCGAGUUAUCAUUGAUAAAUGGAAAAAAGUCCAUUUUGGCUUUGACAAUCAAUAACUCGGGACCUGUUAGUUGUACAGAGAAUGGAAGUACACGGAGAAAAAAGUAUAGUAAAAAUUACAAUACUAUAGUAAAAUUUACUAACAGAUAUGAAAAAAUACAUUCUGUAUUUUAAUUAUUACAAAACAUUUAGUAAAAUUUACUAGUUGGCAAUGAUUACAUAAGAAGAUAUUAAAAAUUACUCUUUGCAUAAUGUAUUUUUUGCUAACACGAUUAUAUUUUUUGCUAUCUGUAUACUAAAUUUUACUGUAAGUAGCCUAACGGUUUUGAAUCACCCUGGAAACAUCCUGGAAUCACGGUGGAUCCACGGUGGAUUUUUUCAUUUUAUCACCGUGAUUCUACGAAUACACCGUGGAAUCAUGGUGGGUACACCGUGUAACCAUCGUGGAAACACCGUGUAACCACCGUGGAAUCAGGGUCAUAAAAUGGCACAAACCCACCGUGUAACCACCCUGGAUCCACCGUGAUUCCACCGUGUUUCCACUCCCAGGGUGUUUCUAGGCUGUAUCCAGGCUGAUUCAAAACCGCCAGGGAAUUUAUUAAUAAAUAUAAAUUUGAGAAAGUAAAUUCUCUAAUACAAUAUAAGAUUUGUUACUAAACAAAGAUAUUAAAAAUUACUAUACGCAAUGUAUUUUUUGCUAACACGAUUAUAUUUUUAUUCAACUCAUGCGCGCUAUUCACGUUUUAUCAUGCCUAAAAUGCGAACCCUAAAUGUUUGUGUCGUUUAUAUGAUAAACAACUCUGGUGUAAAGUAUGAAAUAAAUUAUUUUUAACAAUAUUUGUGCAUUAUAUAUAUGCAUAUAUAUCGACAUAUAUGUAUAUUAUUUAUCGUUUAUAAAAAAAAUCAUAAACAUAUAUUGUUUUGAAAUGUCUUAUUCAGAUAUAACUUACGUUACCCACGUGUUUUACGACCCCGAGACACAAAAAAAAAUAUCCGAUUUUAAUUACAAAGACAAUCCGAAAUUCUCUUUUGGCAGGUAAUUCAUAAUUCGAUAAUAAUUUAACUUAGUUUAUUUUUAUAUUUAAUGAUUUUAGCAUUAAAUUUAAUUGUUUUUUAUUUUAUUUUUUUCUUAGAUAAGAGCAUUUCUUUAUAAAUUUUUAAUGUAGCUAAAAGCAGAUAUCUUGAUGGGAGUGACGCCGUACCCAUCAUUACUAGUGUAAAUGACUACCAGUAUGAAACUACUUCUCAAGUAUUUGAAGUUCAAGCAAAUAGUGACUCUAAUUCUUCAUUAAAUCUUCCUAAUUCUGAAAAUGAUGCUAGCUCUGGUGGAAUUGAUAUAGUAGAUGACAAUUUACACCAGACAGCUACAUCUGAAUAUCAAACUGUUGACCCUACAUUGAAUUUUCUUCAUUUUAAAAAUAAUACCAGUUCUAAUGAAAUGGGCAUUAUUGAUAGCAAUUCAAACCAGACGAUAACAACAGGAUAUGAAACUAGUGACCCUGCAUUGAAUUUUACUUUUGAAAAUGAUACCACUUUUGAUGAAAUCGGUAUCAUUGAUGAAAAUUCAAACCAGACAACAUCAUCAGGAUAUGGAACUUGUAAAGACUCAUUAGAUGAUAUUUUUUCUGACGAGGUUGUACUUGAAGCUGGUGGCAUCAUUGAUGAAAGUGACAGCAGUGACUCCGAAAAAGUUGACGAGUGGAUAAAUAAAAUUAAGCAAAGACAAAUGUCGAUAAAAAAAUCGUCAAAAACUAUUAAUCAACCAUCGAAUUCUACACCUGUCUCAGUAAAAAAAUUCGUUUGGGGAUAUGAUAUUACAAAUGCAUUAGUUGAAAGCUACAGUUAUCAUCAUGAUUGGUACGGGAAUCCGCUGCUACGUAAAAUCUUAUGGGAAAACAUAACAAAUGACUUAGUAAGUCAAAAGUUUGAUGUAACUGCAGAAAUGUGUGAAUCAAAAUGGAAAAGCCUUUUAGUAACGUAUAAAGGAUGUAAAGAUGGUACUGGUCGUGGCCCUACGCGUUUCAAAUUCUUUGAGGCAAUCGAUGAGAUAGAAGGCCACAGGCCAAUUAAUUCAAAAUCAUUUACAAUUAGUGCUACUAAGUUAAAAAAUAAAUCUGUUGAAACUAAAAAUGUUAUUGAGCCCUUAAAAAAAAAUCAAAAAACUAUAAGUGACUCUGAAAAAAAUAAAAAAGAAAAAACAAAAUAUAAACGUAAACGAUCUGCAGACAAUUAAAUCUCAGACGAUAACUGGAAGGAAAAAAAGUUAAAAUUAGAACAAGAAAAACUUGAAUUUAACAAAGAAAAGUUAGUUCUCUAUAAAAAGUAUAUUGAGUCGAAACUUAACUAAUUUUUUUAUCAUCAUUGUUUUUUCAAAGUAAAAAAAAAGUGAUCUCCAGUUACCUGGUCUUAUUAUUUAAAUCGUAAAGUAAAAUUUCUACUGAUAAAUAAAGUCAAUAGUUAAUAAGUAAAAGUUUAAUGUUUAUAACCAUUAAGAAGUUGUUAA